AUAAAUCAGAUCAUGUCUCGAAAAUGCACAAUUCGCUACGGAACCUCAAUAAUGCCAAGUUUUGCGAAGCUCAUAGAUGUUGCUCCUCCAACGGAAGCGGAAUUUAAUAAUCCGUGCCUAUUUCCCGAGAAACGAAUUGCUGAGAAUUCUGAGACUUCAACUCUCCGACGACCUUUUCUUUCAGCAAUCCUUUCUGCGAUCAGUGACCAAAAAGCAUUAUAUUUGUGGCAGAAAGCAAAAAUUGACGAAAUGGGAUUGAGUGCAUUCAAAUCAAGUAUGACGGAAAGAAUGUCACUGGGAACCAAAACUCAUACAAAAGUUGAAGAGAUGCUAAAAUUAGGACACCACGAGUCAAAAUUGAAUAAUCUUAUCGAUAAUGAGAAAAAUGCUGCUAUCAGAAAUUUCAUGAAAAGUGCAAUGCCCGUUAUUCUGGAAAUACAGGAUCCGCAGAAUGCAAUUUGUGAGAAGAAAGUCAGGCAUCCAACAUUGGCGUAUCAAGGAAGAUUUGAUGCAGUUGUCAAGUACAAAGAUUAUUGGAACAUAUUAGAUUGGAAAACUACUCCGGCACGAUCCUCGUUCAGCACACAGCGCGAGGAUAGUUUAUCCUACACAAGCUAUGUCCGUCAACUGGCUGCAUACGCUUCUGCGUUUAAUCAUGAUGUUAGAUUUGAAAAUCUACCUUUUGUGAAGCAAGGAAUAUUGGUUAGUCUGAAAGAAGAUGGGUCACCUGCUGAAGUUUAUCAAAUAUCUGAAGAUGAAAUGAUGAGGACAUUAGAAGAAGUCACAGAGAAACUGAAUGAAUUCUGGUGCAAAGUGACAUCCGCCAAUCAAGUUAAUAUUGAUUUGGCGUAUAAGCCCCCAAAAUAAUUGGAAAAUGUGAUGUUUUUCUAUAAAUAAAUAUUCUCACAACUCUU